GUAAUUUACACCUUUUCGCCAUUUACGACAUUCGACAAAUCGGCCAAGAUGAAGUACAUUCAUUCCGAAGAGACUCUGACCAUCCCAGAGGGUGUCAAGGUCGCCAUCAAAUCCCGUCAAGUUACCGUUGAGGGACCAAGAGGCAAACUCCACAAGGAUCUUAGCCAUUUGGCAGUCAACUUCUCUCAACCAAAGAAGGAUGUCAUCAAGAUCGAGCUUCACCACGGAGCCCGCAAGAACGUCGCUACUCUCCGAACCGUCCGUACUCUCAUCAACAACUUGAUCAUCGGUGUUACCAAGGGUUUCAAAUACAAGAUGAGAUAUGUCUACGCACAUUUCCCAAUUAACGUCAACGUUGAAAAGGGACCAGAGGAUAUCCCAGUUGUUGAGAUCAGAAACUUCAUCGGCGAGAAGAUCGUCCGUAAGGUUCAAAUGAGAGAAGGUGUUGCUGUCGAGCCAUCGAAGAACGUCAAGGAUGAGCUUCAAUUGUCUGGUAACUCCCUUGAGGAUGUUUCCCAAUGCGCCGCCGAUAUCCAACAAAUCUGCAGAGUACGAAACAAGGAUAUCCGAAAGUUUUUGGACGGUUUGUAUGUCUCAGAGAAGGGUAACAUUGUUGAGGAAUAAAUGGAAGGCAUUUGUGGUGGUCACCUUUUCUUACAUUCAUGAUAUGUAUUGGGAGCAUUAAAAGGGUUACUUUGCAUAUUGUGUAGCAAGGUGCUCGGAAUGAAUAUCUUGCGCAACCAAACAACUACCUGCGGUUCCAAACUUUGAAACGAUCGAUACCACGGUGACCUGGAUUGUAAUGAUGGACAAUUUGGUAGAAGGGCGUGCCAGUGCAACGAUUUGGGGAGAGCUUUUGAGAAAUCAAUGAACCAAUUAUGGACCCUUUCAAAUAUCAUGGCAUAAUGUUUCAGGUC